AUGCAACGUUUACCUUUACCAGAUCGCUGCCGGGCAAAGAGAGUUUGCAAAAUGUGGAACCGAAUUCUUUGUGACGAUUCAUUAUGGAGACAUGUUGAUCUGACUGAGUACCAUCUUGAUCUGAAGGCAAUGUGGAAACUUGUCAGAUAUAGUUUUCUCCCAUGUCUCUUAACAUUGAAGAUAUGGGGCUAUGCUUUUGCAGAUGACGGCAGUGAAGAAAAGCCCUCAGUUUCUAAAGCCCUACUAAGAGGACUGUCCACUCGCUGUCCAAACCUGCAGCUUCUGCAUCUUUUUGAACAUAAAACAAGCAGCAUUUCAUUUGAGCAUCUUCCUGCAUCCAUCACAUGCCUAGAAAUGGUCAACAACAAAUGGUGGCCUCGAUGGCUGAAAGAUAAACAGAUGCAUCUGCCAAAGCUGGAACACUUGAAUCUGGAUGAGUCUGAACAUGUGAGUGACCUUGAUUUAGAAGACAUUGCUAUGUUCAAGAAUUUAAAGUACUUAUCGCUUUAUCGAUGCUGUAACAUAGGGUCAACGGGUGUUACAACCAUUGCUGAAAAUUUGUCAGAGUUAGAAGUGUUAAACAUUGGCCAUGCUUCUGUAGAUGAUUUAGCAGUCUACUACAUUGCACUGCACUUGAAGAAGCUAAAGGAAUUAUUUCUUGAAAAAUGCAGAAAACUUACUGACAUAGCUCUUUUUUCAAUAGCUGAAGGACUUCUGGUAUUAGACACGCUGGACAUUUCAUUUUGUGAAGAAAUCACAAUUAUAGGUUUAGAAUUUUUGAUUGAUACCAAUUUAUCGUUGCUGAUUGCUAAACAUGCAUGGUACAGAUAUUCUGAGGAAGAUAUACAGAAAUUUAAAAGGGGUUUUUCCGAAGAUUUUACUUUGGUGUCAUUUAAAAACAGAAAUUGA